AUGGUUGGUGACGUGGUUGGAGAUUUUGUGGCUGAUAUAGUUGGAGAAUGUGAAGAAGAUAGAGCAUUGGUUUACUUUCCAGUGUCAGCACUGGAGAAGAAGGAACUGAGAUGUGAUGACAAGGAGUUGGAAUAUGAGGACAAAGAGCUGGAAUGUGAUAAUAAGGAGCUGGAAUGUGAUAAUAAGGAGCUGGAAUGUGAUAAUAAGGAGCUGGAAUGUGAUAAUAAGGAGCUGGAAUUAGAUAAAAAGGAGCUGGGAUAUGAGCCCAAGAAUACUGCACCGGACUCUACUGCACCGGACCCUACUGCACCGGACCCUACUGCACCGGACUCUACUGCACCGGACCCUACUGCACCGGACUCUACUGCACAGGACCCUACUACACCUGGCCCUACUGCAACGGACUCUACUGCACCGGACCCUACUGCACCGGACCCUACUGCACCGGACUCUUCUGCACCGGACCCUACUGCACCGGACCCUACUGCACCGGACUCUACUGCACAGGACCCUACUACACCUGGCCCUACUGCACCGGACUCUACUGCACCAGACCCUACUGCACCGGACCCUACUGCACCGGACUCUACUGCACAGGACCCUACUACACCUGGCCCUACUGCACCGGACCCUACUGCACCGGACUCUACUGCACCGGACUCUACUGCACCGGACUCUACUGCACCGGACCUUACUGACUGA